GACGCCUUGCCCCGCCCCAGUCCGGCCGUGGCGCGGUUUCGGGCGGCUGCUUGGAGGGCUGGGGUAUCCAGGGCAUGAGCGGGGUGUGGGAGACCGGGGAGCCUCGGUGCCAGGCGGCGCUCGCGGUCCUGGCCUCGCUGUGCCGGGCUCGGCCGCCUCCUCUCGGGCUGGACGUGGAGACUUGUCGGAGCUUCGAGCUAGAGCCCCCAGAGCGGAGUCCGAGCGCUGCCGACGCAGGCACCUCUGUCAGCCUCCUCACAGUGGUAGUUAUUGUGUGUGGCGUGGCCCUGGUGGCAGUUUUUCUCUUUCUCUUUUGGAAGCUGUGCUGGAUGCCCUGGAGGAACAAGGAGGCCUCCAGCCCCUCCUCUGCUAACUCCUCCCCGGAGGCCCUCCAGAGCCCCAGCUCCAGAGGCAACAUGGCGGACAAGCUGAAAGACCCCAACACCCUGGGCUUCCUAGAGGCAGCCGUGAAGAUCAGCCACACGUCCCCAGAUAUCCCUGCCGAGGUGCAGAGGUCGGUCAAAGAGCACAUCAUGCGUCAGACACGGCUGCAGCGACAGACCACAGAGCCAACGUCAUCCACCAGGCACACGUCCUUCAAGCGCCACCUGCCACGGCAGAUGCAUGUCUCCAGCGUGGACUACGGCAAUGAGCUGCCCCCUGCGGCGGAGCAGCCCACCAGCAUUGGCCGCAUCAAGCCCGAGCUCUACAAGCAGAAGUCAGUGGAGGGGGACGAUGCCAAAACUGAGGCCAAGACCUGCGGGAAGAUCAACUUCAGCCUGCGCUACGACUACGAGAACGAGACCUUGAUCGUGCGCAUCCUGAAGGCCUUCGACCUCCCCGCCAAGGACUUUUGUGGCAGCUCUGACCCUUACGUCAAGAUCUACCUCUUGCCUGAUCGCAAAUGCAAGCUGCAGACACGGGUGCACCGGAAGACCCUGAACCCCACCUUCGAUGAGAACUUUCACUUCCCCGUGCCCUAUGAGGAGCUGGCUGACCGCAAGCUGCAUCUCAGUGUCUUCGACUUUGACCGCUUCUCCCGCCAUGACAUGAUUGGGGAGGUCAUCCUGGACAACCUCUUUGAGGCCUCUGACCUGUCCCAGGAAACCUCCAUCUGGAAGGACAUCCAGUACGCAACCAGUGAAAGCGUGGAUUUGGGAGAGAUCAUGUUCUCCCUCUGCUACCUGCCCACAGCAGGCAGGCUCACCCUCACUGUGAUCAAAUGUCGGAACCUCAAGGCGAUGGACAUCACAGGCUACUCAGAUCCAUACGUCAAAGUGUCCCUGCUUUGUGACGGGCGGAGACUGAAGAAGAAGAAAACCACCAUAAAGAAGAACACCCUCAACCCCGUCUACAAUGAGGCCAUCAUCUUUGACAUUCCCCCGGAGAAUAUGGAUCAAGUCAGUCUGCUCAUCUCGGUUAUGGAUUAUGAUCGAGUGGGCCACAACGAGAUCAUAGGAGUCUGUCGUGUGGGGAUCAGUGCCGAAGGCCUGGGCAGGGACCACUGGAACGAGAUGCUGGCAUACCCGCGGAAGCCCAUCGCACACUGGCACUCCUUGGUGGAGGUAAAGAAAUCCUUCAGAGAGUGGCAGGGCCGAGCCGCCAGCUUCGACAGCGAGAGCUCGUGCCCGUCUCCGAGACCACCUCCGACACCCUGAGCUGCACGCUGGCCGGGCCACACCAACGAGACUCAGCAGGGUUCUUUUUGCACUUGUUCAACCGUCUAAAGACAGUGCUGUGCAGCAGUGGCGGUAGGGGCAGUGCCUCUCACUCCAGAGUCUUAGCUGCCCCGUGUAGGUCAAGGCCGAGACAAUUGUCGUGUGGUCGGAUCUGUCUUAGUCUUUUCUGUCUCCCAAGGUGAUGUUUUUCUGGUUCUUUCACUUUUUAUGGAUCUGCUGUCAGGAAGAAAAGAAGAGAAAAAAAAAAAAAAAGAGGGGAGAGCCCCGACAUUGGUUCUAUUAAAUACAGUGUAACAUAGUCGUCUUUGAGGGGGAGGUGGUUUGAGUUUCUGAAAUUUUGUGUCUCCACUGAACUCCCUAACCCCGGAGGAGAGGGAAGUGGGAUGGGCAAUGGCUACUUUGUUAAGUGGGCUUCGGCGAAGAACCUUUACAAAGGCUACUACUUACGACUCUUAGAAGCGCUUUGCUGAUGUGACAUAAACCGAGAUGUGGACUCCUGGCCCCAUGUUGAAAUUGGGAGCAUUCCGAGCUAUCUGUGAACCUUCAGCUGGUCGUGCAGGGCUCCUCUCUCCCAGUCCUCGUGAAUUGAACAUGUCUUGAUUCCUCAUGGGAACUGAGUCACUUCCUUUAGGAAUAAUUCUGUUGAAACGAACAUGCCCUAUGUUUUCUGGCGCGCCACAGUUAAUGACCAUAUUUGUUUGAAAACAAGAUCUUUGUUCU